AUGGUCGAAACAGCUGGCAAGUCCAUCUUGGCGAAGCUGCUCCGACUGGACAACCCCGUGGGCAGCUUGACCCUCGCCUUUUUGCUAUGGAAAGCCUUGCUCUUUGUAGUAAUUACUCUCUGCCCGGGGCCUGGAUAUGAUACCUCCACAACCUUGAUUGCGCGCGAGGGGUCUGGCUUGGUGAGUAGCCCGACGGAGCCUCUACCUCCGUCAUUGAAGUUUGUCCGAUGGGAUUCGAUCUACUUCCUCCAUAUCGCGGAGGAAGGGUAUGUGUUUGAGCAAGAAUGGGCAUUUAGUUAUCCCCGAAUUCUGGGCUUAUUUGUUUCUGGCAUCCGCUGGUCUGGAGGAAUAGAUGGACCAGUGAACACAGCCUUAGUGGGCGUGAUUCUGUCCCAUAUCGCUCAUUACUACUCAGUACUGGCGUUGUAUAGCUUGUCAGCCAACAUCUUUGGGAGUGCGACAUCUACCCAGAAGCUCAUCUGUUUCUUGUCGGCUGCCCUGCAUGUUAUCUCACCUGCCGGGGCUUUCUUGUCGGCGCCGUACGGGGAACCGGUCUUUUCCCUCCUGAAUAUUCUGGGAUACUACCUGUACACAUCAUCUCUCAUUUCAGAGCACAAGGGCGCUGUAUUGCUCCGAGAUCUGCAGGUUCUGACAGCUGCGGUGCUCUUUGCUAUUGCAACCGUCGUCCGCAGUAAUGGCAUUCUGAGCGGGUUCUUGUUCGCCUAUGAUGCUGCUAUCCUGGUUUGGACAAUCUUUGCGCAAGGUCUCAGCGUCCACAAAGUCCGUCGUCUCGCCGUUCUAAUCGCGGGGGGUUGUAUCGUUGCAUCGAGCAUGAUUGUGCCUCAGAUGCUGGCUUACCGCGAAUACUGCAUGAGCGGAGGAGAUUUGCGGCCAUGGUGCAGCUGGACUGUACCUAGUAUCUAUAAUUGGGUCCAGAGCUUCUAUUGGGACGUGGGCUUUCUCCGGUAUUGGACCGUCUCCAAUAUUCCUCUCUUCUUGCUAGCCGCGCCCAUGCUGGCAGUCCUCUGCAAAUCAGCACUCUGGGCUCUUAAGGCCCCAUCAACUCUGCGCUCGGAUUCUGGUGGCACAUCCUCCUCGCAGGUGAGCCCGGGUUCCAUGCUGUUUCGCCUAGCAGUGCCGCAGGGUCUUUUGGCAGUGAUGGCCUUGACGAGCUAUCAUGUCCAAAUCGUCAAUCGAAUUUCAUCGGGGUAUCCAGUGUGGUAUUGGUGGCUCGUAUCUACAGCCAUGGGCAGCUUCCAAGAUCCCCAGAAGAGUCGCCGAGGGCUAUCGAUUGCUGCGCAAGCCAUGGUGGCCUAUGCACUAAUCCAGGCGGUUCUUUUCGGUUCCUUUUUGCCCCCAGCGUGA